UACGAAUAAAUUUUCUUACCUCUCUCUCUCUCUCUUGUCACUCUCGUUUUUGUCAUCUCUAUGCAGUACUCGGUAUCAAUACCGAACGCCCGGUUAUCAGCGGCGAAUCGGAGUUCUCAGCGAUUUCGUCGGUUAGAAGAAGAAUAUUCUUCCUAUCCCAGGUGAAUCGAAAACUUGAACGUCAUAUGCGACGACGGGAUAAAAAUAUUGAAAACCUACUUACUGUAAAUGAGUAACAUUACCUGUAUCAACUUCGCGAUCGUAAAUGGAUCGACGAAAAAAAUGUGUCGACAGUUUCCAGAGCGCGGCAACUUUCCAUCGUCCGAUUUCUAUCGCAUGGUCGGUAUUCGGAAUCCCUCGGGUUUCAUUGUCACCGCGACGGGGCUCCGGCUGACCGAUAUUCGGAGUAGAGACUGAUCCGCGGGCAUAUUGUGCGUAUAGGUAUUGGAUGUAUGGAUAGCCUAGCCAUUCACGCCUGCGACUAGAAGAUGUAUUAUUAAUUAUGCGAGUGUGUGCAGCGGUGGUAGCGGUCGCCUAGAACCAUUAGCCAAAGACAAUAUAGCUCGUAAUCGCGGGUACGAGGGAAACAUCAAGCGCGAGGCUUUCGUGUUCCACAAGCUAACCCACCCGAUGGACCCUCUCUAUGUUACGUACGUACGUACGUACGUACACGUGUACGGGUGCACGAUUGUACGUACGUACUAUGUUACCCCAGAUAUAUUCCACCGUAAGAUACCAACGACAGAUACGACAAUAGACGCCCAUGUGUGUUACACGACUACGACCUGAAUCUAGCCCAGAUGUAUCCACACGCGUAUACGGACGUGUUCGGUACAUCUACACGUUCGGCGUUACAUUCAUAAACGAUACGUGUACGUACGAGUUUACAUUAUAUAGUAAAUAUAUGGUUGCGUAGACGGAGAUAUCCGCGCCGAUAUUAUUGCGCGCUAGGUGAUGUAUGUACGGGGUGGUGAUAACCGAACGAGAUGGAUGAAUUGAAAACAGAAGAAUAUUUUCAGAACGUCUCCACGGAUCGGAAGCCGAACUUUUCGUCGACGAGAACCGGACGAACGAAGCUUUCGUACCGUCAGAUUUUCAUCCGUUACCAGCGGGAUGACAGCAGGAAUCGGUAAGACAUUCGGAAGGUGAUUCGGAACUAGAUUUUCGAAUUCCAAAGAACGAAAGUAUUCCUUUUUUUCGGCAAGGUCGUUUCGGGAAUAAAACAUUUUCGCGCUUGCAGUUUAGAAGUAGUAGAAAAUUUUUCACCCUCUACCGCGGCACAUGGGGCAUCGACGUAUCGUCGCGUGCGGACUGGAGAUUUGCAAUACGGUAUCAAGUACGGUACAGCUGAAUACCCAUUUGCAAAUACACACGUACACACGCUUCACUCCGUGACAUACAAGGGCUCAUCAUGAUGUUCAUCAGGUUCCAUUUGCCGUGCUUGUAUACAAGGUGAUCUAUUUUAAUUUCCCGAUACUUGCGUCUCGGAGAGUAAAAAACGACAGCAGAAUAUAUUCCACGCGUUGCCUGUGCGGUGAACUUAUGCCUCGUCGAGAUCGAAUUGAGGUCAACUUGAUUUCUUUCAAAUGAAAUACCUUGUCGUUCAUUUUGCGAUCGAAUGGAACGAAAAACUUUGCUUGAGACACCAGUUUUGAAAAUUUUCGAAAAUGAAUACCGAGCGUUGAUCAUGUGGUUCCGGAUCGUAUCAACUGCCAAGGGUGAAGAAAGUUUUAGAAAUGUUUUCACGAAGCAGACGUCCAUUUCGAAAUGAGAAACGGAGGAUUUCAUUCGUAAAAACCCGGUGGGGCUCGGCGAGGUGAGAUGAAAAAAUGAUUGUAACAACGCCAAGUUUUUUACCAUCGCACAUGCAGAAAAUGAUUAUCUCGUAUCUCUUUUGUAUCGGAGGGAGAAAAUAAAAAUGGACCACCCCGUACAACGGCCAUGUGCACGCCUACUUCUAUCUAUGCCUAUGUAUUUUCUGGAGGCUCCCACUGCAGCUUUACCGGUCAUUUGAUCAGUGCAGCGCACACAGACCGUAUCCGUGUAUAUAUAUAUAUAUAUGCGUAAAGUAAACGUGCGGAUUGCUUUGGCGCACGACGACCCAGAUUCUGCUUCGUCGAUAAUUAUGGAUCUGUUCUUUUCUUUGUAGAUUAUUUGGUCAAGUUGUUACUUCAUUCUUUUCAUUUUCUCACAACCGCGAAAUGUUUAGCAGCAAGGGUUCGCGGAUAACCGCGUAUGAAUACACGUGAAUAUACAGGUUUACGUAUCACUAUAUCUAUCGCAUAGUAAAUUGUUAUCCAAUAGUACAAACCGGUCGAAUGUGAAUUUUCAGUUGGCUAAUUGCUGCACAGCGGGGAUAGGCGCAUCCGUACGUGUGCAGGUGCCAUGCACUCGGGUACGUGAAACGUAUAGUAUUUAUUUUGCAGGGAUAAACCGUGUGAUCUCAUCAGGUAUGCGGAGGUGAUUAAUUAUUUUCAGACUAGGCGGUGCACAAUAUAAGCUUUCGGGUAUACGGGUAUAGAGCAACAGCGAAACGUGCAUCUAUUGCAUGGUCAACGAUCUGCAGUCGCGACAUUUUAUGUCAAACGCGCCACGAUAUCCGCCCGAUUAUAUUAAAACGAAUUAAAUAUUAUAUCGGUAAUCCAUGAAUAUUUAUCGCGAAACGGUUUAAUGUAGGAUACGAAUUGUGAGUAUAGUCUAUUUCGUGAAUAAUUGAACUACAAUAACCCUUGGGAUGAAUAUUUUUUUUCUUCGAUGGAAAUGAAUACCCAUGUAUACACCGUGCGUGUAUUUAUCGUCGAACGAGAGUUGGAACGACGAAAACGAAAAGGGAAAGAACGAGAGAGAGAGAGAGAAAAAAAAAAUGGCAAAAAUUUAGGGCGCCGUCGUUAAUUUGUUUCACGGUUCCUCCUACCCCGUACAAUAAAUAACACUCUAGUAAAAUGUAUCUGCAUAUUAGUGAAAUUUUUAAUUUCACAUCACCGUAUACCUAAUAAAGUUUUCGCCCCGUUAGCGGGCGGCUAUAGUUAUACUCGUAAUGAAUUCAAUUGUUUUUAUACUUGUAGCUCGCGUGUUCCACGAUCUAUCAGCUUAUUAUAUUUAGUAUGUAUACACCUUAUAAUACAGCGCAUUACGCGUUACCAGAUAUUUUUACGACCUUAAAACUCUACUCGACGUGUCGCGUGUCACACGGAUGAUCGCCGAAUACCAAAUUCACUGGGCCGCACACAGGUAUACCGAGCACACAUCUACAACCUGUAAUGUACAUCACAUGAGGGAUAAUGAGGAAGAAAAAAAGAAAAAUUACUCGACGUUAAUAGCCUCGAUUAUAUUAUAUUGUUAUAAUAUUCGGGGUGAAAUCUGUCGUUGUACGUGUACCCGAUACACAUCUGUACUCAACCUACCCUAAUGCGACCUUUUAAAUGCGACCGAAUUACUGGGAAUCGGUCGAAAUUACUUUUCGUAGGUUCGAACAAAACUUUACUUGAGGUGAACCCACGUACGCGAAGCGCACUUUAAUUAAUUAUAAAUUGUGAGACUGCGAUACGAAACAAGUACGAAUAAGAGAAAAGGUAAUAAAAUGAAAGGAAGCUAAAAAAAAAAAAAACUUUUUUGAUAAAUGAAGGUAUGGGGGUACGUACGUACGUAGAGAGUUCCCCUCGGCGACGAUAACUCUGGGUUAUGAAGUAGUAUCAAUUUCCAAAAUUACGGUCCAACCUAGAGAACGGCGUGGAUUGUCUCAGUUCGUUCUCCCGGAUGCGUUGUCUCGUGGUAGCUUGUUCGUUUGUCUACCGCGACACAGGACGCAACAAGAAACUAUUACUCGUUGUUUUGUCCCUACAGCACCCCGCACUGUUUCCCAAUGAAACCCCCAUAAAUCAAGGUAGUCCCAACCGCAUUUGUAUGAUACACGCUCGCGUGUGUGUACCGAGAAAUAGUCGACUACCCCGCCGGCGGAAACGGCGGAAUGGCUGAAAACACAAACGGAUCCGAAAAAUCCAGCUAAAGCUUCGCCGAAAGCUCCCUCCUCGUCCGGUACAGAUGCGAGGGAGAAUCGGUCGGCCAUUUUUUCCAUGCAGGAACAUUUCUUACCGCUACGCCAGGUAUAGGUUGUCGACAAAAUCGGCGCAAAUCGAACGUAUAAUUCUUCCCGAUGCGAAAAACGUGUCAUUUUCAUGGGUGAAUAGAGUAGAAGCAUAGAUAUACAUAUUGUAUUCUCUACGUCAUCGCGAUAUCGUCACGCCUUCGAGGAAAAAAGAAUUACAGCGAGUUCGUUAACGGAUCGGUUCGACUAGCCGCCUCCAUGUUUACCGUCUCUAUAUAGAUAGAUAUAUAAAAGAAUUUCGGAGGCGCCUCGGAUUCCUUAGGUGAAGGUGUAGAAGCGGCACAGCCAGCACUACCUUCGUUUACGACGGUCUGGGCGCUCGCUAAUUCGGGGGAAAAGUUCUGGGGUUGGUGUGUAUGUGGCAAGUUGACGAUGGGCCAAGGAGAAGAUACAAGUUAUAAUUAAUUUGCUAACAUCAUUCAGUCAGCAGAACCAGCAGAGGCAGCGGUAGCGUAGCCGCGCUACCGAUAACGCGGGAUGGUUUCGCGGUGGUGGUAGAGCGGAUUCGUACCUGCUCUGGUUUACUACUUCGUAACGUAACACGCGCCCCCAGCUAGACCGCCGAGGAACUCAAGACGCACGCCGCGCCGCCGAGGACCGACUAAUCAAAUCUUUUGCUGUUUACACGACCCAAAUUAUAAUUCGACGCUGAUUAAUUCCCCCAGACGCCGUGUCCCCUCGUUUCACCCCCUCGCGCGGCAUCGCUAACCGCCCGCACCUCCUCGAAGGUAUGCAACAUCAAAUUUUCACGUCAUCGAAAGACUUCGCCGGGUGCAUCGAUGGGAUAAUGGAUCAAGAAUUAAGCGAGAUCAUUUGAUUCGAGGACCGCCGACUACCCCCCCACCUGUCCAAAUCCAAAAAACAUCCGGUCGAUCUGAGAGGCCUGAAUUUCGAUUAUUGAAAAACGGGUGCGGAGAGAUUCCGUUUGCAAAAUCGAAAAAUCGGCUGCAUGGUCUAUCCGCAUUUCGAAAAUAAGGGUGAGAUACCAUCGACACAAAUUUCACGAGAAACUUGCUUUUAUUCCAUGCAAUGUAGAAUAUCACUCGCAAUGGGUGGGAAAAAUGAGAAGACUCCGAGAUCGAACGCACCGUUCAACCGAUUUUUACAAGAGUCGUUAAAAUUUGAAUUCGAAUCAAUAGUAUAAUAGGUAUACGUCACAGGUCAGAUUCGAGAAAUUUCGUGAGUAACGGCGCGCGAGUAAUUUUCGUUGAAAUAUACGUCGGGCAAGCUGCCGCAGUUGAUACGCUGUACAAAAAACGAAACAAAAAGAAAGAGAAAAAAAAAAAGAAAAAAAAAAAUAGGGGAGGCCGAGUCUCGUGUGGAAACGCACUUAAUCAAUUAAUGCCCAACACGUCCGCGUGAUUUAUAACGUCAUAGGUAUACGUAGACUAUUUACUUGCAACUUUCUUUUUUUCAUCGUUUCAUCUCCCCUCCGUUCCAUCGCCAUGAUAACCGCGCGGCGAGGAACUUUCAAUUUAAUUGAAUUUUUUUUAAAAUCAAAAUAAAAUUGACGUCAUAUGUUUUCGGCAAUAUUUUUUCAUCUUCGUGUACAUAUUUUCAGGUAAAUGUACACAAGCGUUCACAUAUUUCAUUUAUAUGAUAUACCCCAUCAGUUUGCGCAAAGUGAAAUCGGCAGUUAAAAAGAUACUCCGUGGCAAGUCGCCGUUGCAUGGCCAGAGAUAUGACAAACAAAGAGUGUUCGAAUUGAGUUUGAGAUAAUGCUUUCUAUUAUACAUAAUGCGACAGACGACCGGAGCCACGGGUUGUUCGGAUGGACCGGCGGCGUCAGAAAGUCGCCCCGAUAUAUUGGCGAGCUUCUCGACGCAAGCGCUUUACCUCGCUUCUGGAUCACCCCGUAAGGUUCUUAUAUACCCCGAAAGCGCCGCUAUUUUGGAAUGUUGACAACAAUAGUCCAGCUUCUACGCUCCCUUUGCAGUCGCGUUCAAACUACCCCUACGAUUGUGAAAAAAUUCAACCCUUUCGCGAGCGUAUUUAUACCGUUGAUAACAAUAUAUCGAGGUACGCGUAUUUCCGAGUAGAAUCCGUGCGAUACCUCCGUACGAUUUGGGGGGCGGUGUGAACUCGCGCCACGUGGAUCCGCAGCGGAUGGGUAUAUAUCGCGGGAUCGGUGGCUAAUAAUCGUCGCGAAAGUGUGAAGAAUCGCGAGCAAUUCGAGAGAGAAAUUUGAGCGACACGAUGGCGGAGUGCGGUUCGGAAAACGAAUGCCAAGAUGCGGAGGAAUGGAGGGGUACCUCGGAGUUGAAAAUCGUCCUCGAUCAUCCCCAAGGAGUAUUUUAUCCCGGAAAUCGAGUCACGGGAGCCGUUCUUCUCAACAUCAACGGGCCCAGACCAGUUUUGGCCCUCCGAUUGAAAUGCGAGGGGGAGGGCAUGGUGUUUUUCACGGACCGAUCUGCCGGUUUCCGAAGAAAGUUUUCCAACACUCAGUCGUACCUCAGCGUGGAGCGGUAUCUCUUCGAUGGAAAAUCCGAAGGGACGAUUCCAAACGGGGAAAAUGUUUUCCCAUUUUCUGUCGAUCUUCCCGACGAGAUACCUUGCAGUUUCGAGGGGCGGUACGGACGAGUCAGAUACAGCGUGGCAGCAUAUUUGGAGAGAGGUAAAGUCGCACGCAUGACGACAAGCGUAUCGUUCACGGUGGCUCCUGUUCUAGACCUGAAUCAAGAUUCCUUAGCUACGCUACCGAUCAGCGAGGAUAAUUCCAAGGCAAUUGUAGGCUACAGCGAGCCCCUGAAUAUGCUGGUGACGUUACCGGUCCGAGGAUUCGUUCCUGGACAGACGAUCCCGGUUAAAAUCGUCCUUAAAAAUCCUUCGAAAAUCGAGAUAAGAAAAAUUCGAGUGGUCUUUAAGAAGGUGAUAACGUAUCACGCUGACCGGAAGUCCCGACGACACAAGGAGAUCGUGGUUGAAAUUGAAAUACCGGUAAUCGCGAACGUCGAUUUAUACGAAACCGGAGUCGACGUACCGGCGGUACCUCCCACAGGAAUGGUGUUCUGCGGUAUAAUCGACGUCUGGUAUACCCUGAAGGUCGAGGCGUGCAUCGAGGUAGACGAAUGGUAUUUGAAGAUUCUCAAGAAAAAUUUGAAAACCAGGAUGAGAAUCGUCAUCGGCACCGUACCCCUCAGACACUACGAAACUCCCGAGGAAGAGGAGCGAACUUUUGCGGAAUCGGACGAAGCGCACCGUCGCGAAUUCGAUGACAAAAAAUCCGUAACAGAAUCAACCCCCGCGAAAAUGAGGUCAAAGUCCAAUGAUAAUAAAUUUUACAAGGAGAGUAAAAUUUAUCCCUCGUCAAAACCGAACCGCGACGAUCCCACGGGCACGGAUGAUGACGGAGGUAAUGGAGACGCGGAUUCUUACGCACCGUUGUAUCAGGUGUACAAGUUCAAUAAAAAUAAAGAUAAGACAUCCACGGCGACUGAUUCUAAUAUCAGGCAUCAUUAAUCAGGAUAAUUGAUCGUUCCGAUAUUCAUUGUUACGAGAGGAAUAUCGAACCAAUAAAAUUACCGCUUUGCAAUUAUACAAAUGAACAAAUAAAAGCCAAUAAGUGUUCUAUACAUAUAUACUUUUAGCGUAGGGGAGACUGAGGCGGAACGUUUAGAGAAAAUUUUGAAGGUCUCGAUAGUGAAGAAAAAUUUUAGAAAAAUUAGAGACCGUUUAUUCAAACAUUUUUUCAACAAAAUUCGCAAAUGAAGAUUCCAUAAAACAAUAUAUUUCGUUUGUUAUACCAAUAAAGUAAAUUAGACCGUUCUGCCCCGGUAGUCCAGUCCGUCCCGGUCGUCUCCUACCCAUACGAAGUUUUAUCGAAUAUAUUAUAUAUUAUUGCAGUGAGCAGAAUAAUAGCAGAAAAUUAGAGGAGUAAAACUUUUGUGCGGGAUAAGUGCGGGCGGCUUUCUGUACACUUUAUGAAUAAAAACAAAUAAUUACCUCUAUGACGAAAGAAAAAAAAAAAAUAAAUAAUUAUUGCA